AUGGCUCCCACAAAGAAGGAUGGUGAAAAGGACCAUUCUGCCAGCAACAAGGCGGUGAGCAGAGAAUAUACCAUUGACAUUCACAAGCACACCCGUGAAGCAGGCUUCAAAAAGUGUGCUCCUUGUACACUCAAGGAGAUCCAGAAGUUUGCCAUGAAGGAGAUGGGCACUCCAGCUCUGAGAAUUGACCCAAGCCAAAGGAACAAGCCACGUCCCUACUGUACCUGUGGAUGGUGUCCAGAAAACAAAAUGAGGAUGAAGAUUCAGCAGACAAGCUCGGUUCCCUGUGUCCCUGUCACCACUUUCAAACAUCUGCAGUCAGUGUGGAUGAGAACUACCCACUGA